UGUCGUAUGCGGUAACAAAUCAUGCAUUUGCCUGUGGCAGGUGAACCAAUGAAUUGUUAAUGAACGGCCUUUUGCAUUGGAAGGCGAUCGCCGUACCGAACCGAAAAUGUUGAUGCCCAAGAAGAGCCGCAUCGCUAUCUAUGAAAACCUCUUCAAGGAGGGGGUUAUGGUAGCCAAGAAGGAUUGGAAUCUACCAAAACACCCAGACUUGGAAGUCAGCAACCUCUUCGUUAUCAAUGCCUUGAAAUCGCUGAGGUCCCGCGGCUACGUGAAGGAGCAGUUCGCCUGGCGUCACUAUUACUGGUACUUGACCAAUGAAGGUAUCCAGUACCUGAGAGAUUAUCUUCAUCUCCCCCCAGAGAUUGUUCCCUCCACCCUCAAGAGACAGGCCCGCCCUGAGACUGCAAGACCAAGACCCAAAGCCAUGGAGCAAAGAGGACCACAGACCGGUGGUGAUGCUCAGCGUGAUACCUACAGACGAGGACCACCUGGAGCAGGUGGCCCAGACAAGAAGGGAGAUGUUGGUGCUGGAACAACACAGAGCUUUGAGUUUAGAGGAGGGUUCGGGCGAGGUCAAUCACAGCAACAAUAGAAAACCAACGAGCAUCAAAUGUCGUAAGAAUGAUCUCCAUCUGGCAUCCGCCAUCUUUGUUUUCAUACACACCUCGCAAUGAGACUUUAAAAUGAGGCGCCGUUAACUGAAGUAGACUGGUGCCUGCUGUUGAAGGGUACACACUCCAUAAUGGUUCUUCGUGGAGCUACACACAAGAUGGCAGCAGCUUUCGUGCGUACCAAACAACAGAAAUGGGAUUUUAAAUAUGUGAAGUUAUAACAAAUAAAUAAAAAGGGUAUUCAUUUACCUAGAAGUGGAAAAAAGAAA